AUGACGACGGAUGCGUCGAAACUCGAGCGCGCGCGCUCGGACGGCGCGAGGCGAGGCGCGGCGACGCGGGCGGCGGCGCCGAGGCGCGCGGACGUCGCGGGGACGGCGGACUCGGCGGUGGCGCGGUUGGAGGGCGCGGCGCGGGCGUGGGCGACGCGGACGCUCGGCGCGUGGACGCCGCCGAAAUUUUUAUGGCGGAGCGCGGCGACGGGACUGUUGUUCGGAAGCGUGCUGUAUCGGUGCGCGCGACAGCCGCGACGGGUGAAUUGGGAGCAGACGUUGCAGCAGAUCGCGCGCGUGGGGCCGCAAACGCUCGGGGUGUCGCUGUUGACGAGCUCGUUCGUGGGGAUGGUGUUUACGAUUCAGUUUUGUAAGGAGUUCGCGAAGGUUGGGCUGAAGAACGCGAUCGGGGGGUUGCUGGGCCUGGCGUUCGCGCGGGAGUUGACGCCGGUGAUCUGCGCGAUCGUGCUCACGGGAAGAAUCGGGAGCUCGAUCGCGGCGGAGUUGGGGACGAUGCAGGUGACGGAGCAAGUGGACCAGCUCACGGUGCUCGGGACGGAUCCCGUGGAUUAUCUCGUCAUCCCGCGCGUCAUCGCGUGCGCGGUGUCGCUGCCGAUAUUGAGCAUAAUAUCUUUCGCGCAGGCGCUCGGAGCGAGCAUUUUACUCGCGGAUUUGCGUUACGGAGUGUCGCCGAACGUCAUCAUCGACAGCGCGGCCAAGUAUUUGGAACCGAGCGACAUCGGCAUCAUGACCGCGAAAUCCAUCGCCUUCGGCGCCGUCAUCGCGGUGAUUUCCUGCGGCUGGGGUACCACCACCACGGGCGGCGCCAAGGGCGUGGGCGAGAGCACCACCGCGAGCGUCGUCAUCAGUCUCACCGCCAUCUUCGUCGUCGACUUCGUCCUCUCCCUCGUCUUCUUUCAAAAAUAG